AUUUGUUCCAGCUUCUUUGGCCUGUGGCCCAUCACACAUUGUUAAAAAGUUAGAAAUCUAAAUUAAUUUUCCAAAAUAAAUUGAAUAUGAGUAAACGUUCAUUGGAGGGAAAAGAGGUUGGGAACGGGGAUGCCUCGUCGACGUCGGGGUCAAGUGAGGGGGUGGGUGGCAGUAAGAUCAUUCUCAAACAAAGAAUCACCCUCGUGAACGCGUGUGCGCUCAUAGUAGGAACAAUUAUUGGGUCGGGUAUUUUUAUAUCACCCGUUGGGGUUUAUCGUGAAGUACAAUCUGUUGGACUCAGUUUAAUAGUUUGGACAAUUGGUGGAUUCUUCUCCACAAUUGGUGCGUUAUGUUAUGCUGAGCUCGGCACAACGAUCGUGAAAUCUGGGGGUGAUUACGCUUACAUUCGUGAGUUCUACGGUCCCCUCCCAGCUUUCCUACGUUUGUGGAUCGCCCUCCUAAUCAUUCGUCCAACCUCACAAGCGGCCAUCGCUCUCACAUUCUCAUUCUACCUGGUUCAACCUUUCUUCCCAAACUGCUCAGAGUUGAUGCCGGAAUCAUCAAUCAGACUUUUCGCAGCAAUUUGCUUGAUCAUCUUAUCGUUGGUGAAUUGUUUAAGCGUACGAUGGGCUACGAGAGUACAAGAUGUUUUCACCGCAGCAAAACUUCUUGCUUUGGCAAUCAUUAUUAUUAUCGGUAUUGUUCAAAUCUUCCAAGGAAACACGAAAUAUCUGGAACCCCAAGCUGCGUUUAAAGGAACUACGACCGAUAUCGGGAAAAUUGUUCUGGCGUUCUACAACAGCUUGUAUGCUUAUGGGGGAUGGAACUACUUGAAUUUUGUAACGGAGGAAAUGAAGGAUCCGUACAAGAACCUUCCACGUGCGAUUAUGAUCUCGCUUCCCCUUGUAUCGUUCAUUUACGUGAUGGCGAACGUUGCUUACUUUACCGUGUUGUCGCCAACCGAGUUUGGAAUCUCCAACGCUGUGGCUGUUCUUUUUGGCGACAAGGUGCUUGGCGUUAUGUCAUGGAUUAUUCCGGUGUUCGUCUCAUUAUCGUGUUUCGGUUCCGUCAACGGAUCCAUAUUCACAUCGUCGAGGUUGUUCUUUGUUGGAGCCAGGGAAGGCCAACUACCAAAUAUAUUGGCCAUGAUUCACACCAAGAACUUCACUCCUGUCCCUGCAAUUAUAUUUAAUUGCGUCCUCUCCCUCUUAUACCUCGUAUCCGGUGACAUCUGGAGUUUGAUCACUUACUUUAGUUUCUUCAACUGGUUGUGCGUUGGGAUGGCCAUCCUUGGUUUGUUGCAUUGGAGAUAUAAAUACCCGGAGCUCGAGAGGCCGGUUAAGAUGCACAUAGCCCUCCCCAUCACAUUCUUCUUCGCUGCUGCUUUCCUCGUCAUCAUGGCAGUGUACGCCGCACCCAAGGAAUGCCUCAUCGGUGCUUGCAUCGUGCUUACUGGUAUACCCGUGUACCUCAUCGGUGUUCGGUACCAGGACAAACAACCACAAUGGAUGGACAACGGGAUGGUAAGAGGAACGAUCGCUAUUCAGACCAUGUUACAAGUCGUAUUCCAGGAGGGGGCAUAAUGGGACAGCACGACUCCGCCACCGUUUUCCUCCAGACAUUUUUCUGCGUCGUUUUCCAGGAGGACCAAUUUACCAAGUAACAAAAACUUGCGAAACAUAUGACGUCAUCACCUAAACCUUGAUGUCAUCAACAACCUAUUUUAUCUCUAACGUCAUAAAGGAGACCUCGUGUCCAUGUUUAUGGUCGCUACUGUUCGCACAUUUGCAGAAUUAAGCUUCUUAACGGUGAAAAGUAGUGACUUAGUGUCAACAAUGUAGUGUAAAUAUGACGUCAUGCUCUACCUUCACUUUGCCUACUAUUAAUUUAUUCUUUUAAUUGAAUAGGAAAUUGUACUAUAGUCGUUUUUACUGACUGUCUGGAUUUAGUCGUUUAUUCCAUCUGUUCUCACAGGUGCUGUCAUUUAAACGUUUAUUAUUUUGUUUAUUUUUAAGUGGGUAUAGAACGACAAUGCCACGCAAAAUAUUGUUUGGUUCUUAUAUAGUUAUUCAUGGUUCUAUCAUCUUUAUUGAAAAUUAGUCGUAUUUGUUUGUUGGUGGUUAGUGUCAUAAUGUUAUAGAAGCGUGGAGUGAAAUACAAUGAACGAAACACUUGUGA